AUGAUGUAUUCUGGUGCUUUAUCUCUAACAUUGGCCACCACUUUGGCUAAUGCUGCUGCGGUUAUUCCCCGUGCAACGGCGACAUCCUUAACCACACCGUCCGCAGUUGCAGUUCUGAAUGACCCCAUAGCCCGCCCUUGCAUGGCACCUGGUGUCGUCUGUCUGAAAAAGCAUGCCGCUAAUCUCCCAUAUCCCUUUCACCGCGCUGCUCCUGACGGCAGAAACAUCCCCACCUAUGGAGACACCGAAGUCCCCGCAGAUGCCUCCUGGAAACACAUAUCAACGGCAGAUUUCAUCGUCUUUGACGAGUCCCGUGCAACAGAUGUCCUGGGAGACUCACCCAGCGUGGAUUUUGUCCUCUCCGUGGACGCUAACCACAUUCACGAGGGGCCCGUUUUCGUCCCAACCCAGAACCGAAUCUACUUCUCGGAGCUCUCAACAAACCUCCCACAAUUUGCCAUCGACCUCAAUCAAGAUCCUCCCUCUCUUUCACACUUCACCGCUGAUCCACCCAUCUACAUCCCCAACGGAGGUUUCUAUCACAACAACACAGUCUACUUCUCCGUGGCAGGAAGCAAUACCUCAAUCCCCGGCCUAGGCGAACAACGACCCGGCAUCGUCACCUUAGAUCCAGCAACCAACAAAUCUACAACACUCUUGAAUAACUACUACGGUUUAACCUUCACCGACUGCGAUGACCUCAUUGUCGAUCCUGCAACAGGAUUCAUCUGGUUCACAGCCCCUUAUUACUCCUGGUGGUUGGAACUCGCCGAUAUACCCCCACAGACCAAGUCCGGGACAUACCGAUUCGACCCUACAACAGGCUCAACAGUCAUCGUCAAUGACGAGAUGUUCUCCCCAAACGGAAUAGCACUCAGUCCUGACCGUCGACACAUGUACAUCAGCGAUUCAGCAGCCUCAGGUCUCUCGGCGCCGAUCUCCUCCGACGUACCCAGCCCCGGUGGAGCAGGGAUCUUAUACAAUGUUACGGGUACACGCGCAAUUUAUAAGUUCGAUCUCGUUGAUGAUGGUCGCGCUAUCAUCAAUAAGAGGUCUAUAUACUAUGAUGCCAUUGGUUCUGUUCCGGAUGGACUCAAGGUUGCCCGCAAUGGGUACGUUGUUACUGCGACUGGGAACGGAUUAAGUGUGAUGGAUGAAUAUGGGGAUAUGAUUGUGCGCGUGCAGACGAAUUUCACGGUUAAUAACUUUGUCUGGACGAAUGCUAAUGAGUAUCGGGAGGUGUGGAUGGUUGGGAUGGGUGGUGUUGCUCGUUUGAAGUGGGGAUUGCAGGGUCAGGAGGCUGUUUGA